CAUUCGUAUCGGGACCCGCGAGUCGCAUCGAGCGCCCCUCUCGCAUACAUCGGAAAACUUUGCCAGCCUUCAGGAAGCGGGCCUUUCAAAUUUCGCUACCUUAGAACACUUUAGUUGUGGUUACAUGUCGUCUUAUGUGUAAAACAUCGUGUAUUAUUGCCAAAAUGAGGUGGGCAGCGGUUGUAGUAUUGUUCAGCUUAGUUUUUUCAGUAGUAACAGCUGAAGAUAGCGAUGACGCGCCCAGUCUUCGAGUUUUAGCAAGAUCGUCAGUUUACAAUGCCGGGGAGAAGAAAGCUAUUUACUGUAAGGGUAAAAACCUUCAACAGAACUUAGAAUGGUAUUCGCCCUCCGGGGAGGCCGUCGAGGGACGAUCUACCACCAACACCAGGGUAUACGUGGAGAGGCAGAAGAACGACAGCCUGCUGCCUCUCAUCAUUCACAGCCUAAAGAUCGAAGACAGCGGCAACUGGACUUGUAAAUCUGGCGAGCUCAAUGAAACUAUUGAGAUUCUAGUAGGAGAAAGAGUCAAUAUUACCAAUCGCUUUGAGAACUUUGAAGGAGAAGAAGGCAAAUCGGUGAAGUUAAACUGUGAAGCAAAAGGAAAACCACAACCUGUUGUGCAAUGGUACAAAGAUAUACAAGUUUUAUCUGAUAAAUCUAAGAAGUACGUUGUGAGAAAGAUCAGAGAUAAUUAUCAACUAGAGAUAAAAGAACUUAACCAUAGAGAUACUGGAGAAUACGUGUGCAAAGUAACACAAAACUCUCUCAGAUAUUACACUGACAAACGAGUACAACUUACCGUUCAGCAUAAACCGAUAAUGUUUAACAGUGAUACAGAAGAAAUUUAUCCAACAUCAACUUAUAGAACAGAAGAAGUUUAUGCAAUUUUAAAUGAAACUAAGAACAUUUCGUGCAGUGCAAUUGCUCAUCCCAUUCCCACGUUCCGUUGGUUCAGACGAUAUGAAAAUGGAUUUGAAGAGCCUAUUGAAGACGAAGAUAUGGUGGUGACGUCACCCCGCGGCAACGUCUCUAUUCUAGUGCUCAGGAUGCAUAAUGAAACUAUUUACGGAGAGUACAAAUGUACUGCGAAAAAUCCAAAAGGAGAAGCUUCUAUUGUAUUCCACGUUACUGAAGGCAAUAAACCAAAUCCUCCUGACGAAAUUGGUGUGUACGCGUCCAAUGUGAGCACAAUAACGUUCAACGUGACCUGCUUCACUUGCAAUAUGGAAUUUGAAUCCGAAAAAGCUCCCGAUCCAGAAAACCUUGUUGUUAUUGGUUAUUCAUUUGAGCUAGUACCGGCACGAGAGGGUUACCCACCUGAAUGGGACACAGCCUCGUUAUUCGAUAUUGACAUUGAAAAUGCCAAUGAAACGUUGUUCACGGUUGGCCCCCUGCCAAACAGCACGACCUUCCACGCUCGAGUGCGGACGCGUAAUGCAGCCGGCCACUCGGAAUGGGUGGACAUCGUCUCCGCGGAUAUUAGAACCACGGAUAAAGCUAUCAAAUUCAUUGCAUCGCUAACAUUGCUCAUCGCAUCUCUUUUAGCUAUAGCCAAUAUUUAAAAUGUUGACCGUCAAUACUUUCAGAAUAGUUUCUUCAUUUCAUCAGUUAUUUUUUGACACAUUCUGUGUUGAAACCUAGGUAUUAGUUAUUAAAUGUUGCAAUUAUAUGUUAACGAAGCUUCAAAAGUGAUGAAUGUGUAGAAAUAAUUAAUAUUAAAGUGAACUUUAAUAAAAACGAUGUUUUAUCUAGUCGUUACAGUUUUAAAAGAUAUUUCUAACGUCUAUUUCUUUGACCGUAAAUCAAUUUUAACUAUUCAAUUACACUUUAAUUAAGAUAUAUUUACGUUACUUUUAAGUUUUACGAAUGCAUUCCCCGCCUUGUGUAAAUAAAAUGUAAUUUAUGUUAGAAGAGGUUAUUGCAAAUUGAAUACGUGUUCAUAUAUAUAAAGGCCUAAAUUAUAAAAUUAGGUAAUACAAUGUGAAAAUGUUUCCUUGAUGUGAGAAAGAAAUAUAGUAAUUUAAUUAACUAAUUUCUUAAAUUGGACACUAUUGAUAUGUUUAAGUUUCAUAUAUUUAUGUUUGUGUAGGUGCACAGUUUGCGUCCAUUUUUUGCUUUCAUAGUAUAAGGGACGCUAUAAAAAAAUUGACCAAAUGCGAAUUUUAUUCAAAAUAUAACUUU